CACUUGUACAUUUGUUGAUAAUGAAGGAGACAAAAUGGAAGCUGUAUGGACACGAGAAAAUAUACGUUCAUUACAAAAUUUACUUAGGGAUCCCGAGUUGGAAGAUAAUAGUGAUCAGGAUGACGUAAUAACUCCAAUGUCUAAAAUGAAACCGGGCGAUAUUGGUCCCAAGUGUCGUUCUGAAGUCAAGAAAGAAAAACCUAAUGUGAAACAAAAGAAUCCUGAUGAUAUAUGGGAUAUUGAUGAAAUACCAGAAGGUACACAGCAUGAAGAUAUAUAUGAUCCGCGCCCUCAGCCCAAAUAUGAAAUAGUGUAUCAGCAAGCAGUAACAGCUGAAGAUGUCUAUUUACAACUUGGUAGAAAAAAUCCAACGACAGCUUGUUGUGAAUACAUGAUUGUCAAAGUAAUACUUCCAGAUACACGACUGUCUGACAUUAUUCUAGACGUCAAAGAAACAUUUCUUGAUCUGAGAGCACCUAAGUAUAAGCUUGUAUUAUAUCUACCAAAUCCUGUUGAACCAGAUUCAAGUAAAGCAGCUUGGAAUGAAGAUAAAGAAACACUAGAAAUAACAAUGAAAAACAAAAGAGAGUAUGAUUUUAUAAAUGAAUAAAUAAACGUUGUCCUAUAUUGAUAUGCUUACUUACACUAACCAACUAACGUAUUGUACAAGAAGUUCACAGUUAUUUUGUUGUGAAUAUUUCAAAUCAGAAAGAAGUUAUAAUUUACUGAAAUAAAACUAAGUUUCUAUCUCUUCUUCAAAGAUUUU